AUGUCUACGCAAAAUAUACUUGGAUUCCAAUAUGAGGCUUUAUGCCAUCGGAAAGACGGAUGCCUCGCUGUUCUAGGAUCAACUCUUAGCAGCUCGAGAUGGACUGGGUGCAUUCAAGUAUAUCCCAACACCGUGUCCACUUCAACUGAAACGACAGAAUAUACAGCAGUCUCAUUUUGUGAGAACAGCAGUGCCGAUAUGACAUGGUUUGAUGAAGAUAAUCUUCUUGUCGGAUCUGACAAUGGAGAAUUGGUCGUAUGGCUAAUGUUAGACGAUGAUUGUAGUGCUAUGAAAAGAACUACCUCCUUUUUAGAACACAAUAACUUAAUAUCAUCUCUGGAUGUCAACCGUAAUAAAAUUGCUGCAAGUGGAUCAUCUGAUAAAUCUAUCAAAUUAUGGGAUAUUGCUAAAGAGACAUCGAUUGCUACACUUCAUAAUGGAUCAAUAGCGGUAUCUGAUAUGAGAGAAUCAUCAACAAGUUAUGCAUUAGGCAUGAAGCUUGGUUUAGCUGCGACUGCUGUUACUAAUUGCUCUAAUGUUAAUGGCUCGCAAUUUGCAAUUGGAUUCGAAAAUGGUAGUAUUUCUUUAUUUGAUAUUCGGCAAGCUAAUGAGAUAGUUACUUCAACGAAUUGCGUUCAUAAACGCUGGAUCACUAGACUCUUAUUUUACAAGGAUAGGCAUCAGGUGAUUGUUCUUUAUAAUUCUGAAAUUAGUAAAAUUAUAUCGGCGUCCGAUGAUUGUUCAGUAUCUGUCAUUGAUAUCAAUACAAGCGGAUUAAUGAAUAUAGUUUAUAAAGAUUAUCGUCACAAUGACUUUGCCAAGGGAUUAUCGUGCUUGCCUGAAAAAAAUUCUUUUAUGUCUUGCGGCUGGGAUUCUCAAAUUAUUGUCCAUUAUGAACACAUGUUUACAAAUUGUUCAACCUGA